GCGUGUUCAAUUGAAUUAAGACUUGUGUUGCUGUCGCAAGUUGACUAAACUCAUCUGAGGAGUCUUUACGAGUCAAUUCAAAGACACUUCGAAGUAUAUAAGCCAUCAUCAUGGCCAGCGUGGUGUGGAGACCAGUAUCACUUCGCUUUUCCAAUUUGUUUGUUGCAGGGGCUUUUCAGACUACAAACAGGCUGAAAUCAGACAUAGGGAAGAUAAACUGGGAACAAACAACCAGCCAUGGUAAAUACAAGGGAAUUGAAAAUCUUCCAGGACCAAGCUUGGCAACUACAGUGUACUGGCUUUUCGGAAAGGGGUAUUCGGACAAGAGUCACGCAAUGCAGGUCGAGCACAAGAAGCUGUAUGGGCCGAUCUGGCGUUCCCGGUUCGGUCCCUUUGAAGUGGUUAAUGUGGCGACUGCAGACCUGAUAGCCCAAGUGAUCCGACAGGAGGGGAGGUACCCAGUCCGUACCGACAUGCCACAUUGGAAGGAAUACCGUGACCUGAGAGGGCAAGCAUACGGCCUGCAUGUGGAUACAGGACCAGAGUGGUACAGAAUCCGCAGCGUCUUGAAUCCCAAGAUGCUGAAGCUGCACGAGGCAUCAGCUUAUGCUCCGGUGAUCAACAAGGUGGUCUCUGACCUUCUACAACGAAUCUACAGUCUCCGUCAGCGCAGUCCAGAUGGCACUAGGGUCAGCAACCUGACGGACGAGCUUUACAGAUUUGGGUUUGAAGGCAUCUCCUCCAUCCUGUUUGAGACACGCCUGGGCUGCUUGGACGAGGAGAUUCCCCCCGACACGCAGAGGUUCAUUCAGGCUGUGGGGGAGAUGCUCCGCCUCUCGGAGCCCGUCCUGUUCUUCCCCAGGUGGACCCGCUCCUUUCUGCCUUUCUGGGAGAAGUUUGUGAGCUCCUGGGACGACCUCUAUGAUGUUGCAAAGAGGCUGAUUGAUAAAAAGGUGAAGGAGAUGAGCGAGAAAAUUGAAAAAGGUGAAACUGUAGAGGGGAUGUACCUCACCUACCUGCUGUCCUCCAAAAAACUGUCGCUGGACGAAAUCUAUGUCAGCAUCACAGAACUACUGCUGGGAGGAGUGGACACGACAUCAAACACCAUGUCCUGGACUCUGUACCACCUGGCCAGAGACCAGCGUGUUCAAGAUCGUCUGUACCAAGAAAUCACCUCUGUUUGCCCCGGACUCCAGGUUCCCACUACAGAUGACCUUUCCAAAAUGCCAUAUUUGAAGGCCAUCAUCAAAGAGAUCCUUAGGUUGUACCCCGUGGUUCCAGGAAAUGGUCGACUAACCGUAGAAAAUGAAGUUAUCGUGGAUGACUACUGGUUCCCAAAGAAGACACAGUUUCACCUUUGCCACUAUGCUGCCAGCCAUGAUGAGACCGAAUUCCCGGAUCCCGAGAGGUUCCUGCCCGAACGCUGGUUGAGGGGAGGAGAGAGGUACCAGCACCACCCUUACAGCUCCAUCCCGUUUGGGGUGGGAGUCCGGGCCUGCGUGGGCAAGAGGGUGGCCGAGCUGGAGAUGUACUUUGCACUGUCACGGCUGAUGCAGCACUUUGAGGUUCAACCAGAAGUGGGGUCGGGCGUCCUGGAGCCCAAAACCCGCACACUCAUGAUCCCUGGGGGUUCCAUCAACCUGCACUUCGUUUCCAGGAAGUAAAGGAAGAGCAUGAGAGCAGCUGUAGAGCUUUUCGGUAUGCAAAAGACAUGGGAGAUGAUGGGUAAAAGAGGGACAUGUAAUGGGACAUUACUGUUAACUUUAAAGGCAGAUUACAACAGAACUGUAAAUUGUAAUCCAAGUAUCCACACAUUUCAUCUCCAGUCAACACUUUUUUAAUAGGUUUUGUUUUUAAAACCUCAACUUCAGCAAAACCCAACUGAUGCUAAAGUACAAAGUACAAUUAAAUGCAGAAAUUGGAUUUGUGUGGAGCAAAAGGCUGAUUUUCUGAUACAGUUGCUUUGUUAAGCAUAUUUGCAGUGACUACAGUAGAUUAAACUAUCAUUUGCUAAUUGACAUAUAAUACCUGUAUUUAGAACUUUCAUACCUGGGAACAGUCUUAUCAGCUUUUUAAGGUUACUAGGAAUUGAUUAGGAGUUUUGGCUGCUGGAUUUUAUUACAGUUUCAUUUUCAUCACUGUGUAGUUCAAGACAGACAUGUCCUGUAUAUCUGAGUCAAUUCAGUUUUUAACUAAAACCAGUCUGGAAGCAGGUAAUUAGGACAAAUUGUUGUAUAUAGCCAUGUAAUGAGUGCUGGCAAAGCAAUCUAAAAACACAAUUUCCAUAAAGUAAAAGGGCAGUAAUAAGUAUCAAAGCAGAUAUUAACUUGAACACACACAUUUGUACAUUUGUAGUCUUAUAAAUGUUGACGAAUGUGGUUUUAAAGUUUACCAAGCUUUUACCAAUUUUUAAUCUACACUAUAAAGAGGUUUUCAGCACAUUUAAUUAAAUGUUUUAACCUAAAACACACAGACCACCAAAACAUUUGUUUACUAAGAGCAGAACGUCAGGUCAGGAAAAGUAAGAAAGAUUUUCCUUGAUGGUUUGAUUCCCAUCAAGUGAUGUCUAACAAUUACUUUAGAGUCAAAGUAAGGGUCAGUGUGUCUGUGGAAAGUGGGGGGAAAACAUAGUAUCUAGACAUAAACCUGGGCAUAAAAUGCAAGCUGCACACAGAAAGAUCUCCAGGCAUCAAGAGCUGUGAGGCAGCAGGGCAAACCUCCAUGAUGGUACAGUAUGUCAUUCCCAUUGUUACAAUCAUAUAACGAUUCUAGGAUCCCAUCUAGCUACAGUAGUAAUACAGUACUGGAGAAGAAGUCACAUUAAAUAUUCUCUGCCUGGGUUUUCUCCUUAAAAUGUUAGGAUACAUGGAAGAAUAUGAACGUUGAAUAAUUAAACAAUCGAAAAAAAUAAAAUGCAUUCAAAUAUUUGUCACAAUUUUGAAGGAAAAAGUUGUUACACAGUUAAGUGGAUUUCAUGUAAGGUGGCUGCUGUUCUAAAUGAUGAAUUGUCCAUCCAAUCAUGUGUAAAACAUCAAUCAUCCAGUGAGCUCCUUAACGGCAGAGUUCGGGUUUCAUAAACCAAUGCAACAUUUUAAAAAAACAGAAACAUAGAAUACCACAUGAUUUUAAACUUUGGAAGUGUUGGUGUACCUUUGAAUAUUUUCUGUCUAUGCUUUGCUUUAGCUUGUACUUUUAUCUCUUUGUCAUACUGUUUGUCAUUCUCUUUGUCUGUUUGUGGAAUAUUUGCUCACACCAUUUUAGUUUCUUUAUUUCAGAUAGAAAUUGAUCAAUACUUAGCUUUUUAUUUAUAUUAUAGAUAGCUGAAAGCUAUUCCUUUACCACUCCCGCAAUAUGCACAAACAAUCUACUUUUUAUUGUUAUGUGAUGAUUGCCUUCACAUUUAUCGCAGUUACUGUGAAUUAUGUCGUUUCCCAUGAUGCAGAUCUUGGCUGCAUUCCUAGUGUAGAGCCCAGUGCAGGGAGCUCAGGAAAUUGGACUCUAACCUCCUGUCAAGGCACAUUAUCUCUCUGGGCAGUAGGGUUAGAAAUAUACUUUGACAGUGUAGAAUCAUCUGCACUUCAGUAAGCCCUAGUCAAUGUGUGAGCUGUAGUUAGUGGAAGACUAUAUUUUUUGUAGUAGUCAGGAUAGGUGUAGAGAGGUGUGAAAUGAAACCUACAAUGAAGAGAGAAUUUAGAAGAAAAGUAGUCUGUCGUUAA